AACUGAUUUUUUAAAUUUAAAAUUAUCUUACCCGACAUUUUCCCAACCACAAAAAUUUGAUUGUUUUGUGUUUUGUUUAUGUUUCUGGUGGACUGCUGAAAAUCCGGUGAAAAUUGAGAAUAAAAAUGAAAUUUCGUUUCUGUGGCGAUGGUGAUUGUCCAGACUGGAUCUUGGCGGAGAUUCAUUCCACUCUAUCUGUGCUGAGCUCAGUUAAGCUGCGUGUCCUGGCCCAAAUGGUUGCUAAGAGUGUCCUGGGUGAGGAUAUUCCGGAGGAAAAACUUCUUGACACUAUGAGUGCCAAUAAAAUGGACUUGAAAUCAGCAAGAUCAGCCUUUGCUUGCCUCCGAUUCCUCCUGACAAGUGCAGUUCGUCACAAUACUCCUCCAGCAAUCUUCGAGGCAGAAUUGCAACAAUUGGGUCUUCCCAAAGAGCAUUCUGCUGGACUCUGCCGGACAUUGGGAGAGUUCUCGGAGAGAUUGCAAGACUUCCUCAAUAGUCAAAGUCUCAGUGUCAAUGAACUGGAGGAUGUUCAUUGUGUCCCUUCGGAAACUUUGCCUGAUUGUGUGAACUUGAGAUUGGGCAUUAAGAAUGAGAUCAUCAAUGGGUUACCCCAGAAAACUGAACAUUCUGUCACCAUUCACAAAUCCCAGCUGCCAAUUCUGAUAAAGGAACUCAAGAGUGCUCGGGAUGUAGUGGAGAAACUAACAUAGGAAAGAGACCCCCCACCCAUUCCCUUGAGAUGACUAAAGUGUGAAUAUGGAUGUUGGGUAGGGAGAGGGAGAAUCUUGUCUAACUUUCUGUAUGUGUCUCAUCCAUAAAACAUUGAAAAAUCGUGUUAUCGAUCAAUUUUUUCGCCAUUUUCAUGAUUUUAUUAAGUGGAUACGUUUCCAUAAAUAUGUACCAUCAUCUUGCUCAGGAAGCACACGGUGCAUACAAGCUACCCAUAUAAAGAGGAGAAGGAACAUAUGUCGACAUCAUAUAUUUGAUGAUAAGGGCCAACAGGGUGAUGCCACAGACUUUUCUUCCUGAUAAUUCCACCAAAUAAUCAUUCUUUUCCCUACUAAAAUUUUCCAAUGCAUUUUCUUGGAAUGAUUUGUAAAUAAAUUCUUUUUCUGCAUUGAAAAGGCUACUAGGAGAUUUUUUUUAGGGGAAAAUUUAUCAUUAGUUUGCCUCCAAAAAGGGAACAAACUGUAUAGUGAAUUAAAUUCAUGUAACACAUGUUGUUUGGGGUUGGUGAAUCUUGUGAAUAGUAAAAUACGACCAAGUAAUGAGUAAAUGAUGACUUUUAACACUGUUAAUGUUCAAUAUUAUCAGGUAUCUGUGAGUGAUUGAAAGUUCUCUUGAGUCGAGUAUACUAUUGAAAUUAGUUUUUGUAAUUAUUUUUGUUCAUUAUGACUUCUAAAAAGUUGGAAAAAAAAACUCCACAUUUCUCAACAUCAAUGUAUGAAAUUUAUUAAAUAAAUAAAAAUAUAAUGUAAAUUACAA